AUGGAUAUGGCAACCCCCUCUCCAUUCAGUGUCUUAGCACCAAUCAAUGCGACAUCCAGUGGCGAACGCAGAACCUGUUAUGAAUCCAGCAUAAAUGAAGAAGCCCUUUUUUUGACAUUCUUCACUAUGUUUUUGUGUGUGUUGGGAAUGUUGGGCAACGGCCUCGUGAUCUGGUUGCUGGGCUUCUCCGUUAAGAGGAACAGUUUUGCCAUUUAUAUUAUCAACCUCUCGGUUGCGGACUUCGGUUUUCUCAUCUUUGUGGUGAUUAUCAAAAUCCACUGGCUUUUUACACAUCUGUAUUGUGACUUUACCUAUGAACUCUUCCAAACGGUCCUGCUGUUAAUGUACAGUACGGGACAAUUUCUCCUGACCGUCAUCAGCAUCGACAGGUGUGUUUCGGUCCUUUUCCCAAUUUGGUAUCGAUGCCACCGGCCGGCACAUCUGUUCACUACUUUGUGUGCUGUCAUCUGGACCAUUUCCUUCAUCCUCUCUUCAAUUUACUUCGUAAUUGUAGCUGCGGCUGGAUUUCAAACUAAAAAAUAUAUCAUGUAUCCAUUCAUUGUUAAUGCUGUGCUUUGUCUCCCACUUAUGACCAUCUCCAGUGUGGUCUUAUUUAUCAAAAUCUGCUUCAUAUCUAAAAGCCAAAGACGGAGGAAGCUUUUGACAGCCGUCUUGCUCGCUCUUUUCUUCUUUUUAGUCUUGGUUUUUCCACUAAAUGCCAUUCAUUUGAUCUGGUACAUGAUGCUGUCUAUAAAUGACAAUAUUAUACAAUGUGGCUACUUAUUUGCUUGCAUCAAUAGCAGCAUUAACCCUCUGAUCUAUUAUCUAGUGGGGAGACAGAAGGGUAAAACUCAGAAAAGCAUCAAAGACUUGCUUCAGAAAGUUUUCAAGGAAGAAGAAGAGUGUGCUACUCAAAUGGAUACUUCAGAAGAGUCCAAGAUCUGA